CCCAUUCUCAGCUGCGCCGUCAUUAAAUCAAGUGCCACUGCAAGAUGUCAGUGUCAACGCCAGGCACCAUGAAAAAGGUUCAAGUGCGUAGCCGUGCAGUUUCAGGGCGCGGCCUGGCGUCAGGUACAGCUUUGCGGUCACAGGUAAAACGUGAUGUAAAUCUCUGCGCUGCAUAGCUUCACAAUCUACUGGUGACCAGCCGUCCAAUCAAACGUCAGAAUGAGUUCCCAGUGGAGGUCAGGGGUCAUCCUGGCACUAUUUCCCAUGGUGCUCAUGGGUUUGUCAUCAGCACAAUAUGAUUCUGCUGAUUUUGGGCUGGAGUGCACUGUGUGUGAUGAGGCACAUUCCGAGUCGUCCAUAACCUGCACGUGGAGAAACCAGCCCAACGAAACAUUCAGCGCACUGUUUAAGCUAAACAAGAGGGCUCAGGGCAGAUGCCCUACUGAGUUGACGGAGUGGCAGACCUGUAACUUGACGUCACAGAGCAGCUGCCAGAUCCCAUUCCAUGGCUGUGCUGACCCUUUCCAUGACACAUACUAUGUCAUGGUCAACUCCUCCUCUAUGCUGUUUCAAAGCAUCAACUUUAUCAAACCUGACAUAGCUUCUUGCGGGCCCCACAAGCAAAUUAGUGAGAAAAUGGCCGAGACAAAGCUUCGCUCUGAUCAGUCAGCAGCUCCGUCAUGCUUGCAUCCAGUAUUGAGGGAACGUAACAGGAUCAAACCAGACCCCCCAGAGAAUCUCCUGGUGUCGUCAGUAAGCAGUAGGGAGAUGACAGUAGAGUGGGACAUGCCGAGAUGUGCUGCGCUCCUCUUCAUGAACUAUAUCUGUGCCAUCCAGUAUGUGUCUCUGAGGGACAACAUCACAAGGGAGAAGGAGAUAAUGGUGGACAUGCCAAACCCCCAGUAUGUGACGCUGGGCUCCCUUGUGCCCCACACCCGCUAUCUGGUCCGCAUCCAAUGCAGACAGGUGAUAGGAGAGUUGUGGAGCGAAUACUCUCCCUUCAUUGAAGCACAAACCAACGAGUCUGCUCCAGCCGGUGGCCCUGUGGUCAGGACUCCUGAAGUCACUUGGAUAGACUACAGACUUGGACUGCGAAAUAUGACUCUGAGAUGGGAGCCUCUUGAUCUUGAGAAGUGGAAUUCUGAGACUCUGGGUGGCUACCUCGUCAACGCGACUGACCAGAGAACAUACGAAACUACGAGCUACAACAUCACAGCAUCCGAUGUGGACCUGUACACCCUCACAAUUCCAAACCUCAUGCUGUCAGAGUACCAGCUGAAAAUCAUGGCCUACAACAACAAAGGGCUGUCACCUCCAAGGGUCCUACAGCUUCGAGACAUCUCAAAAAGACCUGAUCAACCACGGAAUGUGGUCGCCAUGGUCACCACUGAAGGAGACGUCCUGUUGUCGUGGCAACCACCAGCAGCCAUCGGAGGCAUCUGGAAGUACUAUGUUUCCUGGUGCGAGCUCGCACGCGACCAUGGAUGUGCCGGCGACGGGAACGUGACGAGCGUUCCCGGUACGCAGCUGACGGUGACCGUCCAGGACAACUGGCUACCCUACAGUCGCUACAGGUUCAUAGUGAAGGCAGCAACCUCAGCAGGGAAAGGGGAACCGUCCAGUACUGUCUAUCUGUACUCCGUAGAAGGAGUGCCGUCCUCCCCACCCCAGAAUGUGACAGUCCAAGCUGAAACCUCCAGGUCUCUCCUGGUGAGAUGGAAGCCACCACCUCUACAGGACAGGAGGGGGAUCAUCACUACAUACAGGGUGUAUUACUAUGUUACACCCACUGUCAGGGGGCAGCAGACUCCUACAGCUGAGCGGAAUGCAUCAGUAAACAUCACGGAUGAUGCCCAGCCUGUACAGUUCUCCCUGUCAGGGCUGGAACCAUUCACGCUCUACUCAGUCAGACUGUCGGCAGUUACAUCACAGGGGGAGGGGAACAAGUCUCCACCCACAGGGGCACGGACUAGUCAGGCAGCUCCGAGUGACCCCCCAGCAGAUGUGCAGAUCAAUGAUAUCGCUGUGAACAAUAUCACCUUAUCCUGGACACCCCCAUCUCAGCCAAAUGGAAUCAUCCGUUAUUACAUCAUUAAACAUGGAAAUGACACCAUGUCAGAUGGGAACCACACAGCGUUUGUUUUAGAGGGUCUUGAAGGAAACACCAACUACGUCAUUCAAGUACAAGGUUGUACUGCGGCAGAAACCCCAUGUGGACCCUUGUCACCUGUGGAGCUUGUUCGAACCAAAGUUGGAGCACCUGGAAUUGUGCAAAAUCUAGUGGCACGUUUCGACCCCACAAACGGCGACGUAAGUGUCUCUUGGACUCCACCUGUGCUGAAAAAUGGGCGCGACAUCAGCUAUAUCGUUUCAUACGGAAGGAAAGAUCUCAGGAACGACAACAUUGCCGUCACCACCACAACGCAAUGGACCAAUGACAAGCUGGCUGACACUUGUUCCGAUGGACUGGAGUUAUUUUUCAGGGUACGUGCCCGGACGAGGGACCCAGGAACAGGAGAGGUGUUUAAUGGACCAGUGUCUACUGAAUACCUGUCAUGUGAUACCAGACCAGGGACAUCUCCCUCAUCUAAGGACAUUCAGGGACUCAGACUGGCUUUGGAAGCUAAAGUGGGGAUCAUACUUGCUGUACUUAUAGCAUGUAUGGUGGGUCUGGCUGCACUGGUCCCCAGUCUUAGGAAAAUGUACAAGAGUAGCAGGAAUGAUGUCCCUGGACCUGCAGACUUCAUCACUGACACAAACCAGGGGGUGUACUGCUACAUUCCUGACGGGCCCCAGACCCUGAAUAACCUGCACAUAGUGAGUGAACAAACGGGGAAAACUCCCGAGAUCCUGGACGACUUCAGCAAGCUGCGGGUGGAGCGCCAAUGGUCGCACGACUCUGCGUUCGGGUCCGAUUACGGGAACAACAACGUGGACUUCAACGUAGCGGAACAAAAGGCCCACUACUCCGUUGGCGGUAGCAGCAGCGGUUAUAGCAAUGCAUCGGACGAGAAUGCAGCCCUCCAAUCAGAUGUGAGCAAGGCUGAAAACUUGGCUUCAGACAAUCAACAGAACAAUUUUGAUGACUAUUCCAAGCUUGCUAAUGUUGAUAGCAAUUUCAAGGACUUAAAAGUCAACUAUGUCACCAAGCAGGAUUCUAAAAUGGUAGAGGGCUUAAAGCACCGCACCAGUACACAUUCAUCUAUGGAUAACCUAGACACAAAAACGGACUGUUCCAAGUUGGCUGCUGAAAGGGACUAUAGAAAGGAUUUGGAUGUCAACUAUGUUAGUAAUACAGGAACAAAAGGGAACAAGUCUGAAAGAGUUCCUAAAAGUGAACAAAGCAGCCCCAAACAUGCUGAUAUUCCUUAUAUAGAAAGUCCUAGUCCUGUAAAGUGUAAAAUGUUUGACCCAAACGAGGCACCUUAUGUUACCAAUGCUUGAAACUCGCCUCAUUAUAUUAGACAUGUGCUGUAUGAUGUAUCUAUGAAACUUCUUUAAGUAAUGAAUUCUCACAGGAACAAUGUGCAGGGAUACUGUAUUUUCUCAAAUUGCAGCUAUACUUCAGCAACUACAAGUGUGAUGCUGUGUUCAGGCUAUAUGUCUGUACUACCGGUAGAGCAUGUUGUACUGUCUUAGUCUAUAAGGCUAUUAGUAUUAGUA